AUGCUCAUAGGUAUCUGCGGGUCAAUCUGCUCCGGCAAACACACGACAGCCGAGUAUCUGGUGCAGCACCAUGGGUUUCUUCGGCUCCAUCUACCCACCACCAGAUCUCUGCCACAACAUGAGCACAUCCAUUCUCCCUCAUCGUCCUCCACGCUGGACGGAGAUUUAUAUGACGCAAAGCAGAAACUCAACCAUGAGCGUCUCCUCCCGUCCGUGACGGACCAACGUGGCACACGAGGCCUGACGUUUCCCGAUGUGGACUCGUUGCUAGAGUUUGUCACGAAGCGAUGGCGAGAACAUUGGGUACUUACAGAUAUCGUUGACGAGGCGACAUUGGAGGCGUUAUUGAGAAGGCCGUUCUUCCUGCUCAUCAAUGUCGAUGCGCCUGUUGGAUUGAGGUAUAAACGGUUUAGUGAUCGGCGAAAACUCCCACCAAUGCCAAUAUUGGACUUCAUCUCAUACAACGACCUCCAACUAUACGGCAGCGCCACCAACCUCACAUCAAGCCCGAGCACUCCAACCCAACCAUGCACUCCACCACCGUCCUCCAAACCCCACCACCGCGGCACCGCACACCUCCAUGCACACGCGCACCUCCAGAUCCUGAACUCAUUCCACAACCCACAAGCCUACUCGACAUUCCUCUCGACGCUCGACCUCGCAUCACCGACACGCCUGCGGCCCACAUGGGACGCAUACUUCAUGACCCUCGCCUCGCUGGCAUCCCAACGGUCCAACUGCAUGAAACGGCGCGUGGGGUGCGUGCUCGUGCACAACAGCCGGAUCAUCUCGACGGGGUACAACGGGACGCCGCGCAACCUGCGCAACUGCAACGAGGGCGGGUGCGAGCGCUGCAACGCCGCGAGCAGCGGCGGCUCCGCGCUGUCGACCUGCCUGUGUCUGCACGCCGAGGAGAAUGCGCUGCUGGAGGCCGGCCGCGAGCGCAUCCGCGAGGGCGCCGUCCUCUAUUGCGACACUUGUCCGUGCUUGACCUGUAGUGUCAAGAUCGCCCAGGUCGGUGUCAAGGAGGUCGUGUUUAGUCAGAGCUAUAAUAUGGAUGAUGCGAGUCGGAGGGUCUUGCGUGAGGCCGGCGUCGGCUUGAGGCAGUUUAGUCCCCCGAGGAGUGGGCUGUUGGGUUGGGAUGGGAUUGAGGAGUUGGGAUUUGGUGGGCUUGAGCGUGGUGAUGAUCCGGGGAGGGAGCUGGUGGUGGUUACCAAUGGGAAGUAG